AUGAGCAUGAUGGGAGAACUGGCAUUCUUUCUCGAACUUCAAAUCAAACAGUCUCCUAAAGGAAUUUUUAUUAGCCAAACCAAGUAUACUAAGAAGCUUAUUAAAAAGUUUGGCAUGGAAAAUGCAAAGUCAAUCGGUACUCCAAUGAGUCCAACAAUAAUGCUCGAUGAAAACAUCAAUGGAAAAAAGGUUGAUGAAAUCAUGUAUAGAAGGAUGAUUGGAUCCCUAUUGUAUCUCACUGCUAGUCGACCAGAUAUCAUGUUCAGUGCAUGCAAGUGUGCAAGAUUUCAGUCGGCUCCUAAGGAUUCCCAUCUCACUGCUGUUAAACGAAUUAUUAUAUAUCUAAUUAGUACUUCUGAUCUAGGAUUAUGGUAUGAUCGUUCUAACAAUUUUACUUUAAAAGAUUUUUCAGAUGCAGAUUGUUGA